AUGCGUAAGUGUAAGGUUUUUGUUGGUAACUCCCAUCCUGAAUUGGGUAAAUUGGUUUGUGAAAGAUUAGGUAUUGAACCUGCACCAUGUACUUUAAAGAAAUUUGCAAAUGGUGAGACUUCUGUUCAGAUCGGUGCUUCUGUUCGUGACGAAGACGUUUACGUUAUAGAGUCAGGUUCUCCUACCGUUAAUGAUCAUAUCAUGGAACUAUUAAUUUUAGUUUCUGCUUGUAGAGGUGGUUCUGCAAGAAAAAUCACUGCAGUUAUUCCACAAUUCCCAUAUUCUAAACAAUGUAAAAUGAAAAAACACAGAGGUGCUAUUACCGCUAGAAUGUUGGCUAACUUACUAAUCAUGGCAGGUGCUGACCAUGUCAUCUCCAUGGAUCUACAUGCCUCUCAAAUGCAAGGUUUCUUUAGUAAACCUGUUGAUAACUUAUACGGUGGUCCAAGUUUAGCUAGAUGGAUCAGAGAAAACAUCGAGGAUUACCAAGAUGCAGUUGUAGUCUCAAAAAAUCCAGGUGGUACCAAAAGAGUCACUGCUUUGGCGGACGUUUUAAAGAUCAAUUUUGCAAUGAUCCAUACUGACCGUCGUCGUUCAAAAGAUUUAUACUCUCAAAAUAAAGACUUGAAACAAUUAAAACUAAGAAAACAAUCUUUACUGAGAAAGAAUAGACCGAUUGUCAGACCUGGUGACACUCCAAAUGAAGAAGAAAAUAUCAUCUUGACUAAUGGUAUCCAAACUGCUAGAAUUCGUAAUGGUCAUGUUAUUGGCGAUGAUGAAGAAGAAGACUGCGACGAAGCUAUCGAAUCCGAUGGCGAAACAGUUUCUGCAAAUGGUUUCUCUUCCUCUGGGUUAGGUGAAACAUAUGACGCCAUCGAUUCAGAAGAUGAAGAAGACGUUGAAAAAUUACAACAAGAAAAAUUGAUUACUUUGGUAGGUAAUGUUCGUGACCGCCCAGCUAUUAUUUUAGAUGACAUGAUUGAUAGACCGGCAUCUAUUAUUGAAGCUGCUGAACAUUUGUUACAAAACUGUGGUGCCAAGAGAGUUUAUGUCGUCGCUACUCACGGUAUAUUUACUGGUAAUGCUUUAGAACUAUUAGAACAAUCUAACGCCAUCCACCAAAUCGUUGUCACCAACACAUACCCAAUUAGCCAAGAGCGUAUAGAAAAGUCUAAAAAGUUAACUGUUAUAGAUGUUUCUCCAAUUUUUGCUGAAUGUAUUCGUCGUGAUCAUUACGGUGAAAGUAUAUCAGUUCUAUUUGACUCUUUAGCUUCUCUUUAG